AUAGGGCAUUGGCUUCGGUUCUAAGGAUAAAUAUUUUUGAGAACUUGUAACACUAAUACUUGGAAGUUUGAACCGUCAAUAGCUCUGCACACGGAGUGUCAAAAAAACAUGUCUGUUUAUAACCUGUAUAUCAUAUUUAUCUUGUACUUUAUUUCUUAGAAUUAUCCUUUUCUAAAUAAAAAUCGUCUAAAAAAGCGACGCAAAUUCUCCGCAUUAUUUUGUUCGUAUGUAAUUCAUUUUUAAACAACAAUAUGUCUGCUCGUGCUUGGGUGUUUUGCGAUUUAUCUGUAAGUCGAGAUUUCCCAUUGGAUCAAGUACAUUUGAUAAAAAAACUGGGCUUCGACACUAUAGCUAUUAACACAUACGUUGAAGAACCAAGCGAUGAACCUAAAAAAGAAAAAGAAAGCGGAGAUCGAAAGGACUUUUUACCACCGCCACUCGAAAUUCCAGUCGAAGUAUCUAGUAUGAUGAAUGUUUUACAAAGGGUAACGUUUGAGUAUUCCGAUGCAAAUGUUGCUCACAAAAUGAAUCAGUCAGAAAAUCUCAAGAAAUAUGAUAUUGUAGCUGUAGUACCAAAAACCCUGCAAGCAUUUCAACAUGCAUGUGCAUCCACUGACAUAGAUAUGAUAAGUUUCGAGCCAGAAGGCAGGAUACCCUUCAAAAUACACCGAAAAAUGUACUCUCAAGCUGUAAAUAAAGGGAUUUUCUUUGAAAUUAUGUAUUCACCAGCCAUAAGAGACUCAACAUCUAGGAAAAAUAUUAUCAGUAAUGCACAUCUGUACCAUGCCAUUGGUGAUUCAAAAAAUAUUAUUAUUACCAGUGGAGCAGAGAGUCCAAUGCAUGUGCGUAAUGUCCAUGACAUAAUUAAUCUAGGUUUUCUGUUGGGUCUCAACAGUAAUCAGAGUAUGGAUGUGGUGCGCAACAAUCCUAGAAAAUUAAUUCUCAAAGGCGGGAAAGCAGGGCGAUGUGGAAAGCACUACUUGGUAAUAACUAAAAAUAAAUAAAUAAAUGGUCCUUA